AUGGAGUUGAAAGUGGUAAUAUCUGCACCGAUAAUACUCGCUGCUGACGCUAGAGUGAGGGACGUUGAUACAAAGAUGCAACAUGAACUGAAUGAUCCAAGGACCUUUCUGCCACAGCAAGACACAUUUCAAACGACAUCACUGCAAGCAUCAAUCACGACUCAACAAGAACCAUCAUUGCAUGCACCCAUCCAUCACUUCAUCGAGGACAUUCAAUCGUCACAGCCAGUGAGAUUCAUAGAAUCGUUAAUUGAUUCAGACAUUUUGGGGGAUAAUGAGCCAGAACAUAUUGAGCAUUUCAAGUACCAAAAAUCACUUGACCGAAAAUUGACUGUUACCUCGGUUAUUGGUCUUGGGUUCUCAUUGAUGGGAGUCCCUUUUGGUUUAUCUUCAACCCUUUGGAUUUCAUUGAUGGAUGGUGCAAAUGUUACGAUUCUAUACGGCUGGAUUAUCGUAAGCAUAAUGUCCUUGUGUGUAGGUAUGUCGUUGUCCGAAAUAAAUGCUAAAUUCCCGACUUCAGGAGGUGUGUAUCACUACAGCGCCCUAUUGAGCAGUGAAAAGUAUUCUUCGAUAUGGAGUUGGGUUACUGGCUGGCUACUACUCAUUGGAAAUUGGACGUACGCAGUCAGCAUCAUUUAUUCUGGAUCUGAGUUCACAUUGUCUAUAAUAAGUCUAAAGGAUGAGUUCAGGGCCAGCAGGUGGUUGGUGAAUGGAGUCUUUCUCAUCAUACUAGCCCUUGCUGGCCUCAUAAACCUCAAGUUUUUCAGACACUUGGAACGAAUCAACAAGGCGAGCAUCCUUUGGACCAUUUACACAGUUUUGGCCAUUGACAUACUACUUAUUUUCUACGCCCCGAGGACAAACUCCAUAAAACAGAUAUUGACCACAUUUGACAACUCACGCUCAGGAUGGCCCGACCCAUUGGCAUUUAUGGUGGGACUUCAAGCACCGGCAUUUCUGCUAACCGGGUAUGGAAUGCUUCUUUCGAUAUCCGAUGAAGUCAAGAACGCUGAACGAAACAUGCCAAAGGGCAUGUUGUACUCAAUGUUGUUGGCGAGUCUUACUGGGCUUAUAUUCAUAAUUCCCAUAUUGACAAUAUUGCCAGAACUUGAGCUUCUUUUAGAUGGUAACACCAACAUCAUGCCAAUUGAGAUCAUUUUUAAACUUUCAACAGAGUCAUUCAUCAUUAGCUUCCUCAUGGCAUGUUUAUUGGUUGGAACAAUUAUGUUUCAAAGUAUAGGGUCGCUCACCACUGCAUCUAGGAGUACGUUUGCUUUAGCUCGUGACGGGGGUCUUCCAAUGGCUCAUUUAUGGACCGAGGUGAGUUCAGUUGAGGAGUAUGCAAUUCCAAAAAAUGCUCUAUACUUGUCAAUUGUUGUUUGUGCGGUGUUGUCUUUGUUGUCCCUUCUUUCCAGGACCGCAUUCAACGCAUUCAUGGGAGCUGCUGUCGUUUCACUAACAGUUGCAAAUGGAAUACCUGUAUUUUUGUUGAUGUUGAACAAACGACAAAAGAUCAAGGGGGCCGCUUUUAGAUUGGGGGUUUUUGGCUGGUUAGUUAAUGGAAUAUCAGUGUUUUGGACUAUUCUUUCCAUUUUCAUUCUUUGUGUUCCUCCAGUGAUUAAAAAUUUAGAUUGGAGUAGAAUGAAUUAUGCCAGUGUUGUAUUGGUGUUAUUCUUGGGAUUUUCUAUUCUCAGUUAUGUGACUUGGGGCUCAAAGUCUUUUACGGGACCAGAGAUUGAUGAUGACUAUUUUGAAUUGAACAAUAUGGAGGCAACUGGUCAAGAGAGUUCGGAAAGUUUGGUUGUUGGGGAUGAAUCGAUUGAAGAUUUGAAUGAUGAGGAAAUUGACAAUGAGCCACUGAAACAGCUGGGGCGAUAA